UGCCCGAUACUCCGCCAACUUCCCGUGGAUGUCAGCUCCGGUCGCCAUCUUCUCGAAUGGCGGACUAGUCCAACACAAAAUAGAUCGGUUCCAGGCCAGCGCAGUGCGGGGGCGGACACCACACGUCAGGGAGACUGGGAAGUCGGGCCGCCGCGAUUCUUCGCAGAAAACUGGUUUCUCUACCUGACGGCCUGGUCGUUAGCACUACAAUCAAGUAGAAAAUCUACAUUUCAAGAUGGCGAAUCAGAACCUUGAGAAUCAGCCACUCACUGAAGACAACGGGAAUGAAGUCCCCCUCCCAACUCGGCGGGAACGUAUCCCGCUCCAGAGGCUUCACAUCGAGCAGCGACAGUCGGACAGCUCAUACGCCACGUCUGACCUGGGACGACAGAGCAGCAUCAGUCCAACAAGCAGAAAUCUGGAGCUAUGUGUAUACUCUAUGGACAAAUGUGGCCUUCAGUUUUGCCUGGAUAAUGGCAAACACACCACAGCUGGAGAACUGAGCAAGCUGGUCCAAGGCAACCUGGAUCUCCCACAGCAGGCCUCCGAGGUCUUCUGUCUGUGGCUUACCUCACCACUGCUGCAAUUGCAGUUGAAGCCUCAUCACAAGCCCUACAAGCUGUGCAAACAAUGGUAUCAGCUUCUCACCAAGUUCACAGGUGCUAAACCAGAGGACAUUGAGAAAGAGGAACCCAUCCUGUGCUACCAGAGAAACUGCUUCCUGUCAGUGAAAGAAGAAAAGAGGAUAACAGAUCCUGCCAUCCUCCAUCGGCUGUUUGAUGAGGCAAAGUACAACAUCCUGGAGGGACGGUACCCUGUACCAGAGAAUGAUGUCUACUACUUUGGAGCUCUCCUGUCCUUUAUUGAACAUGGCAAGUUCGACCCCAACAUCCACCAGCCUGGUUUCUUCAAGGAUAAGAUAUCAGAAUUCCUUCCUGGCCACAUGUGUAAGAACCGCUGGUCCUUCCCCGGACGUUCCCCACGCGCCAUGAAUGAGCAGAAGCUCCUGGAGAGGUACCAGCACGUGUCGGAGGCCACGCACAUCACCGACCACAAGGUGGAGUUCCUGCAGAAGUGCUGGGAGCUGCCGUACUACGGCAGUGUGUUCUUUAAGGGACAGAUUGAGCGACCCUGUAACAGCAUGAUCAUGAGGGAGAUGCCAGACAGACCCGUCCAUGUAGCUGUCAACAGGGAGAUGGUGCACAUUGUGGACUUGGAGAAGAAGGCCAUUCUGCUAGGCCUUGCAUACGAUGAGCUGUCAUGGGAGUACACAGAGCCAUCUGUGGACCGGCCUAAUGGCUUCCCCUGUCUGUGGCUGGAGUUUGAUGCUGAAGAAGACAACAAGAAGGUCAACAAACUCCUGCAGAUCUUCUCCAAACAGGCUGUGAUGAUGGAUGCCAUGAUAGACGUUUGUGUGGAGGAUCUCAACAGGCGAGACAUCAACACUUCAGGAGCUCUACCCUCCCAGCUGAUGAGCCGACAGGUCAGUGUGAAGCCAUCCCUGACAAACAGAUUUGACCGACUCAGCCUCUCUACAUUCAAUGAUGAAGGAGAAAGGAUCACCAGCUCAGCUGCAGUGAAGAGGCAGUUCUCUCUCAGUAACCCGUUCAGACGGCCAUCCAAGUACCACCACCCCAGCAGGGACAUGCCUCACACGGUCCGGCAUUAGAACACCUCACUCUACCGGCAUGGAGCCACAGUAGUCACUGUUGGGUACUUACCAUUGCUGAUGCUCUUGAUGUUUUUUCAAGGCUGAGAGUCAUGUAACCAGCUACAGAGCUGAUAAUGACCUGACAGAAAGCCUGUUGAGGUUCUGGUUUUGAACCAGCUCUAGAGAAUCAUAAGAAAGUGUGGACUUUUCAUGGAAAGGUCCCACUAUUCAAAGACAGAUUAGUGAGUUUUUUUGCCAAUGGUACUCAAGUAUGCUGAUUUGUAGCACUGCUAGUAUAAGAAUACCAGGCAUUUAGCUCUAUUUGUCUUUUCUCUAACUCCAGUUCAGUUCACAGAAUUGUGAAAUGAUGGUUAGAAUUAUGAAUUAAUGUAACAGUGAAAUAUGUGAUGAUGAUGAUGGAGAAAGCAAAGAGCAGCUGAAACUACAAAUCAUAUAUUUGAAAAAUAAACAGUAGCUGAUGGUUUAGAGUUACAUACCGAGCAUGUGGUCGAGACAAAAAGCUAGAAUUAAAAGAAAAUUAGGAAAACAAAAAUUUGAGACUUAAGGAACAUAAUAGUCAGGAAUCCAUAAUCAAGAUCUUCAAAUUGUACAUAGAAGUUUUGAUGUUUUUGUAAAUAUUGAAUGUGAUUGGCAACAGGGAACUUGUAAUUUUGAGUGAAGGCUUUUAGAAUGUACAGAAUGGAAAGUAUAUAGCAAAAAUGCUGAGGUUAAAUGUACAAAGUGAAUGGGCCAGUAGAUAAUACUGGAUUGUCUUGGAAAUAGACUUGCGAUAGACUUGGAAAGUGAAGCCAAUGUUAAUUCAUGUAGUAUGUACAUGUACUUAAAUCACAUUCUUAUUGAUGCCUGACUUCAAUUGAAAAAUCUUAUCACUAUAGCCUUGAAGUCUCUACAUACACAUUAAUCAAUGAUUAUUGGUACUACAUUACCUUUCCAAUAUCUCACUUUCGAAUAUUCAAACAUGCCCACAGAAGAUGUCUGGAGCCUUCUGGUGUCUUGCUGUAAGAUAAAUCAAUGAUUAUCAUGUGUUAGUCAUAGAUUUUUUAUUUCUUUUACAUUUGAUUCAACACUGUUUUUUAUGAGUGCAAGAAAAUUAUCCUCACAAGUAAGACUAUUCAACUGAAUAGAUAUUAUGUAUGGCUACAUGUUGAGUACAUCUAACAAGUGUACACGUAAAGAGUCACUGCCAUUUUUUUCAUGUUGCAAUGAAAGUUUUACAUAUUGCCUUUAGUUUGUAUUUUGUUUGCAGUCAGCAAACUGCCCUAAAUGUUUAACUUUUAGCCCCAUGGGGCAUUUAGUUGUUUAGAAUUUAUGAAUAGGUGCUGCUUUGUGAUUUCUGUACACACAAUCAGAAGUCUCAGUACACUGCCACUGUUCAGGAGCUUGAAGUUAUUCUUCCCCUUGCCUUGUAUACUAACAGAAAUUAGUCAUAAAUUGAAAUGGUGGAUUGACUGUAAUAUUCUCUGCAUGUACUGAGAAACUACAUAUUAACAUCAUCAGUCACUGGUACAAGUAUUUUGUUUCCAGGUUUUAUAUUUAAUAGUGGUGGGAGGGAGCAAAAGGGGUGUGGUCUCAAAAAGAAACUAGUGCAUGUUAUGGGCAAUGUUGUCGACCAAAUGCAUUUGAGGCCAUGUUUCAAACAGAAAGACAAGCUUGAUAUGGUGUAUGUGAAGUUUGAUCAUUGUAAUGGUGUAAUGACCAUACAGAAAUGUGGGUCAUUGUGGUUUUGUCUAGGAUUGCAAAGGCAGAACAUGUUACUAUUCAAAUGCUCUACAGUGCUGUAAGCAAUAAUUGGGUUGUAAAUAGUAUUGAGCUGUACAAAAUGUAUCUUUGAGAACAGGUUAAGAAAUUAAAUGUCAGCCUAUCAGUAUAUACAAAACUCACUGCUCAGUUAUGCCUUCAGGCAUGAUUUGAAUUUGUUGUCAAUUCUUGAUCCAUUUUUGUAAGAUUUUCUACCUUUCCAGGUAAUGAUUUAGCCUUUCAGCACUGAUGACUUAGAAUUUGAAUCAUACAAGUUAUUAAAAGCACUAUUUGUCUCAAAGGUACAAUUAAAAUAGAUCACUAUAUAGAUGUGUACCAUUUUAUUUCUUCUAAGGUAAUAUUAAGUAUACAUGGACAAUAAAACAAGCAAAGAGACUA